UCAAGAACCAGUAAAAAUGAUAGCGAGGAGGUCAGGAUAUCCAAAGCAUUAUCGUAUUUACUUCGUCAUGGGGCAGAAAAAGAGCGACUGGUUAUAGAGUCGGACGGGUUUGUGAAGCUGAAGGAUAUUCUAUCUCGAAAACAGUUCUCGGGACAAACGCUCGAGUCAAUACAGCAUCUGGUUGAAUCCAAUGCCAAGCAGCGAUUCGCUCUACGUCAAGAUCCAACCACUUUGCAAUGGUCUAUCCGGGCAAAUCAAGGUCACUCGAUAAACGUCAAUGUAGAAAUGAGGACUGUUCAAGACUCCUCAGAAAUCCCACUGGUAGUCCAUGGAACAUAUCAACAGCAUUUGGCUUUGAUUUUAAAACAGGGCCUCAGAUCCAUGUCAAGAAAGCACAUUCAUUUUGCUGCUGGUUUGCCAGAACAUCAGGAUAUUACGAGUGGAAUGCGAAACAAUUGCAAUAUACUUAUUUAUGUGAAUACUGAAAAGGCAAUGAAAGAUGGAAUUGUUUUUGUGCAAUCUGCAAACAAUGUAAUAUUGACGGAAGGUGUAGAUGGUGUUCUUCAUCCAAGAUAUUUUUCGAAAAUUACAGACCGA